GUUACCGUAACGACAGAUAUACUUGUUAAGUCGUUACCACGUAUAAAUUUUGAUACUAGUGAAAGUGUGUACUAUAUACUGUAUAUUCACUGUAUACAUGUAUUUAUACACAUAUAUAUCUCCACCUUCCCUCAUAAAUAAUUAAAAUGGCGAGAAUAACUCCAAAUAUGUUUACGUUAUUGAAUGAACAGCAUCUUAAUAAAUUACACAGCUCUAGAAUAUUUAAUGUUCUUGAUUUUGUAUCAGAGGACUCGGAAAAAUUGACUAAAAUUACUGGAUUAUCAUUGUUGGAAAUUGAAGCUAUAAGAAAAGAAAUAGCUCUACGAUUCGCCGGAAUUGUUAAAGACCCAGUAAUAUUGCUACAGCAUCAAAAACAAUAUAUUUUAACUGGAAUUAAAAACUUAGAUAAAUUGCUGGGUGGUGGUUUGUACGCAUCUAGAUUUUAUGAAAUUUGUGGUAACUCAUCUGCAGGAAAAACGCAACUCUGUAUCACAUUAGCUGCCAAUAUUGCACUCAACUCAUCCGCAGACAUUCAUUACAUUGACACCAAGAAAGAUUUCUCAGCAACGAGACUCCAAAAUAUCUUGGAAGCUAAAAAUAAACCUGAUGAGAUCAUAGCGAAGAUAAUGAGUCAGAUAAAAGUAACAACUCUAAAAAGCAUCACCGAGCUAUUUACACUUUUGCACAAUUUUUCAUCGUCAUUCAAAGCAAGCAAUGAUAGCGACAGACCCAAGUUAAUAAUAAUUGACUCUCUGCCGGCUAUAUUCCCCAUGUCGGAAGAAAACACCGAGUAUUUCACCUCUUUAAAUCAUUUAUCAAAUGUAUGCAAAUAUUUAGCUCACGAAUAUUGCUUGACGAUUGUUACGGUUAACCUAAUACGUGUAUGGCGAGAAAUUGAACUAAGAGAGCUAAAACCUGAUGAAGAUAUAGAAUUAAUUCCUCAUCUCGGUAAAUAUUGGAUAAACGUUCCUAACACAAGAUUAUUUAUCGAUAAACAGGACAAUGAGAUCAGAGAAAUUAAAGUUCUGCAGAGUACUGAGUUAAAAAUUGAUUCUAAUGUCCAAGUAAAUAUAACUAAUGCUGGAGUUAUUUAAAUUUAUAUUAUUAAGAGAAUAAGCAAAAUUUUGUGGCCAGUGUAUUUAUAUGAUAAAAUUGGUU